AUGACACAAGAAUUAGAACAUUUUUCUCCGCUUUUGAAAAAUGUAGAUUCAAUGAUCACUAAAAGUACUAACUUUACGCCGUUUGGGUGCGGACAUUUGCCAUAUAACAGGCCUUUGGAUCAAUAUCUUAAAUAUGGUAUUAUACACAUUGAUAAAUCUUCAAAUCCUAGCUCUCAUGAAGUGGUCACCUGGAUUAAAAAUAUAUUGGAGUGUGACAAAACAGGUCAUUGUGGAACACUUGAUCCGAAAGUAAGUGGUGUACUUACGAUAUGUUUGAAUAGAGCUACAAGAUUAACUAAAAGUCAACAAACACUCGGGAAAGAAUAUGUAUGUGUAAUUGAAUUUGAAGAUAAACCAAGUAAAACGUCGUUUUAUAAAGCGGUUGAAAAAUUAACAGGAGUUUUAUAUCAACGACCUCCGCUUAUGUGUGCUGUAAAACGAGAUCUUAGAUUGAGAAAUAUUUAUAAAAUCGAUGUUUUGGAAGUUUCAAAAACAAAAAAACAAGCUUUAUUUAAGGUAUCGUGCGAGGCGGGCACUUACAUCAGAACGCUAUGUGUACACAUCGGAUUACUUAUGGGAUGUCCUGCUAGUAUGGCAGCAUUACGAAGAGUAAGGAGUGGUUUAAUUGAAGAAGAUAAAUGUUUUACACUACAUGAUCUUAAAGAUGCUAAAUACGUUUAUGAUACUAAAAAAGAAGAGUUAUAUUUGCGACGAAUUAUACGACCUCUCGAAGAGAUUUUAAUAGGAUAUCCUAGAAUUAUGAUUAAAGAUAGUGCUAUUAAUGCUUUAUGUUACGGUGCAAAAUUAAGCAUAACUGGAGUUCUUAAAUAUGAUUCUAAAAUUGAUAUUGGAUCUGUUGUUGUUAUAAUUUCUGUUAAAGGGGAAGCUGUUUGUUUAGGAGAAGCUAUUGUAAGUAGUGCAGAAAUUUCCAUAAUGGACCAUGGAUUUGUCGCGGGCAUUAAGCGAGUUAUUAUGGAGAAAGAUUUGUAUCCAAAGGGAUGGGGAUUAAAAAACCAGUAUGAAAUCAUGUGUGAUUAA